UUCAAUCUAUUUGUGUGGGUAUGUGGCCGUUAAGUAUAAUUGCGCUUCAAUUUUCAGAUAAAUUUUGUAGCUUCAAUGUGUUUCAAUGUAUAAUUUUGGCCGUUAAGUAAAAUUGGGCUUCAAUUUUCAGAUAAAUUUUGUAGCUUCUGCAAACUGCAAAUUUGUAAAGAUAAUACGGUCAUCUUUAUAAAUCCGGAUUCAUUGUAAAUUAAUGUUUUGUUAAUAUUUUAAAUUAAUGUUUUGAUAAUAUUAGUGAUGAUUUUCACCUUCUGAUGGUGUGCAAAGAGUGUUGUUUAAAGUGCUUCAUUGUGUUUUGAUAUUUUUUCUGAAAAAAAUAUGGACAAUGGGAAAGUGUUGCUGAUUUUUAUGUAAGAAAUCUCUCUGUUAUGUGAUGAAGAUGUAUUUUAUUUUUUAUUUUAUUUUUUUGAUUUUUAUGUGCACAAGAUAAUAUCGUUUUAUUGGCUGGCUGAUACUGUAGAAGUAUUGUACUAUUUGUUGCCGACCAUUUACAUGUUCGUGUUUUCAUGAUUAAACGUCUCAGGUACUUAGUUUUACGGCUCCACAAUAACUAUAGCAUCAACAACGUCCAUUCUUAUAUCCAAAAUUAGUAUGGAUUCUGUAAAAUCGGUUAACUUAUCCAUACAGGAUAAUGUACUUCAGCCACUCUUUAUUUCUUCCGGCUCUUCGACUUUACACGAAGCACUAGAGCGGCUAAUCGAAACUGCCAAAACUUCCGAUGGACGUUUAUCCCUUUCUUCCAAAGAUAUUAUCAAACCAGCCCUCGAACUUUGCCGAUAUCCUUUACGAGUCCCACACCAAGAACUUCUUUUAGCCGUAAAGCUACUUAGAAACUUGUGUGCGGGUGAAAUUAAAAACCAGGACCUAUUUAUCGAACAAAACGGCGUUGGUAUUCUUUCAACCCUCGUUGGUUCUAUGUGUUCAAAUUCUGGUUCCGAUAGUGAGAUACUUCGUAUGGUAUUGCAAACGUUGGGAAAUGUUUCGUUAGCUGGUGAAAAACAUCAAGAAGCUGUGUGGGCCCAGUUCUUCCCCCUUGGAUUUAUCGAUAUUGCUCGAGUUCAAAGCAAGGAAACAUGUGAUCCUUUGUGCAUGGUUAUCUACACUUGUUCCGAAGGUAGUAAUGAAAGAUGGGUUGAACUGCUUUCCGAUCAAGGGCUGGAUAUCAUUGUACAAAUCGUACGAACAGUUACAGCAGUCGGUUUUAGUGAGGAUUGGGUGAAAUUGCUCAUCUCAAAGAUCUGCUUUGACGAAUCCUAUUUUUCGUCAAUUUUCUCUAAAUUAUCCGAGAACUGCGAUGAAAACGUACCGCAAAUUUCUCAUUUUGGAGACGAAGAAGCGUUCUUGCUGAGCAUUCUUUCAGAAAUAUUAAACGAGCGGCUCGGAGAAAUUGUAGUCUCGACCAAUUUUUCCUUGUCAAUUUAUCAGAUAUUGAGAAAUGCUGUUGAGAUUGUUGAUUUCAGCACAAGGGCAAAAUUGUCUCUUCCAACCGGUUCAUCCGUUACUGAUGCUAUGGGCUACGCUCUCUCCCUCAUAAGAGAUAUUACCGCGUGUGACGGUCCAAACGUGGAUACAUUAUCGCGGGCCGGGCUUAUUAAAUUUCUUAUAGACUUGUUUCGAAAUUUAGAGCCUCCAACAUUGAUUAGGAGAUCAACGGGCCACGCCGAUACUGAAAACGAUACGACUCCUCGAUUUUCCAAGUACUGUUGUCCUUACAAAGGCUUUCGAAGAGAUAUCGUGGGCGUUAUCGGAAACUGCAGCUAUGGGAGGAUUAGUGUGCAGGAUGAGAUACGAGAGCAAGAUGGGAUUCUUUUAAUGCUGCAACAGUGUGUGACAGAUGAAGAUAAUCCGUUUUUGAGGGAGUGGGGAAUUUGGUCGAUGAGAAAUAUUUUGGAAGGGAAUGUUAAAAAUCGAGAAUUAGUUGUUGAUUUGGAGGUACAGGGAUCUGUUGAUACUCCUGAAAUUGCUGGAGUUGGGCUUCGAGUGGAAAUCGAUCAUGUGACUCGUCGGCCAAAGCUCGUUAAUGCUUCGUGAAGAUUCUCGAGUGGUUGGAUGAAAGAAUCGGUAUGCUCGAGAUGGGAGGAUCGAACGGGGGCAUG